AUGGAGAUUCCGUGGGAAGCCCGUAUUAAGCGUGACCCCAAGUUCAACCCUCAAGACAACACGCAAGGUCUACUCCCGCUAGCAAAGUUUCUAUGGGAUUACUCGACUGCUGAGGGUGUCAAGGCUGGGUAUAAGGCUUUGGGACAGUCGCAAAAGGAGAAGUUGAGUGGGUUUUUAUCUUCCUUGCAGGGUUCUUCACCGAAACCAACCUUGCCUGAAGAAGAGUUUGUUCACUCUCCCCUUCAAGAUUUGAAAGGGAUCCGUCUCGUUUAUGUUGACGUCCAAAAUUCGACGCUACGAUGCACCCUCCAGACUUACUCGUCCUCUGAGAUCCCACCCUAUGUCUGCCUCUCAUAUGUCUGGGCUGACUUCGGUCCAAUGAUGAAUCGAGGCCGCGACUUUCGCGAGACUGAACUCGAAGUGCCCAUGUUUAGUCACUCAGACAGCGCCGAUAUCAUCCUCAACGAUCGUCGUUUCUCUAUUGGGGCUAACUUGCACGCCGCUUUGCUUGGCCUCUACCAGUAUCUCGAUGGGAGACCUAUCUGGAUAGAUGCCAUGUGCAUCAACCAGACUGAUAGCAACGAAAAGGCUUUACAAGUCGCUCGCAUGGGCGAGAUAUACAGUGCUGCGGAAAAGGUCUUCAUUUGGCUUGGUCGGAAACACACAACACGGGACACUGCUUUGAGGAUUCUUAAAGUGUGGCCUUCGUUCCCCGCCAACCCAGACAACGCGAACAUCCAGUUCCAUGGAAAGAAAUACAACACAGCCAAGGCCUUCUUUGAUGCGACUUCAACUGGCUCCGAACUUAUAUCUUGGAUCGGCCUUCUCACAAUUGUCACUGAGAGUUGGUGGAGCCGGGUUUGGACGGUGCAGGAGUUUAUCCUCUCAAAGGAAUAUGCCUUCUUCUACAACGGAGCUCAAGUACCGACUGACGAUUUCAAGAAGGCAAUGGACUGGACUUACUUCGUUGCAAUCAAUUGCUCUUCCAAGCUCAUCCCUUCUUGGGUUACUUUCCAACCUUCCAUCUUUGACCUUAAACAGCACGGGACGAGACUGAGCUUUCUUGAUGUAGCUAUGCUUGGAGCAACGAGAAUGGCGGGUGACCCGCGGGAUAAAGCCUGGGCUUUUCUGGGGAUUACUGAUCCGGGAUCGAUUGGACAACCUCCUCUCAAACCUGACUAUGAUAACCGGAACAUGGGAGACUUUUACAUCGAUCUUGCUCAACGUCUCUUGCGAGGCGAUGCUGGGCUACUUGUUCUCUCACUUGUCAACCAUCCCCUCCCCAAGGAAUCAUACAAGUUUAAAUCCAAGAAGCCAAUCGGCAACCGUCUCUUGGACCAGUACAAGGCCAAGAAGCGACUCCCUCAGCAAGACCCGAAGUUUGCACCUCCCAAAGAAGACGUCUUUGAUGAAGCGUUGCAACCGGACUGGAGUGGCAAAGGUGUGGGCUAUCCAAGCUGGGUUCCCAAGAUGGCGAGCGCUGUUGCUAUGGAACCUAUUUUCCUCAGGGAAAUGAGAGCUCAGAAGGCUCGAGGCAAGGCUCUUCAUGAUCCCAGUUGGAGGGUAUUUCACGCCGCGUCAAAUGUUCAGAGGGGCUUCUCUUUGUCCGCUAAUGGGAAAAGCCUCUCUGUGGAAGCACACCUUCUGGACCCCGUCAAAGCUGCGGUUGCACUGCCCAAGACUGAAGAGGAUGAGCCGGGCUUCUAUCAAGCCUUUCGUUCGUGGUAUCCAAAGAAGAGUCGUCUGGCGGAUAUCCCGUAUCAACACCAACCUUCCACCGCUGUGCCAAGCGCACUAUGUCGAACUCUGCUGAUGAAUAUUUGGCUCACCUCCCAUCCUGCUCCAGAAGGUUGCGAAGCUCACUUUGCAAACUACCUGGCUCGCAUCUCAGGAUCGGCGUCAAGUGUCAAGCAUGACCUGCACUUGAAGAAGAAGCCGGACCCAGAAGAGGGAGACAUAUUUCCUGCAGCCAUGAAUGAUGUUGGAAUAGAUAGGGUCUUGUUCAUCACGGAGAAGGGAUUCUUGGGUCUCGGGCCAGCGAGGAUGGAAGUUGGCGACGUGGUAGGCCUGGUGGCUGGGGCUCAUGUACCCUUUGUGUUACGUCAAGGGUCUGGGGGAUGGAUCAUGGUCGGCGAAACUUACGUGGAAGGAGCUAUGUAUGGUGAAGUUGCUCAGAAACUGGUGUUCCAGAGUGUAGAGAUCGUGUAG